AUGAAUGGCAGUGGACAGAAUAAACAGGAUAAAGUCUCAGCUUAUGACCUCGAAACCUACUCAACAUCAAACCCAAAUGCCCAAGGCAAUAGUAACAAACCAAACCAAUCCAAUGUUCCUUCCAAUUACGGCGACCAUCUAACACACAAUCUAAGUCAUCCUAAUCUUCUUUCAAACUUUCAUGCAACGCCUGGGUUUGACACACAAUCACCCAAUUUCAUGGAUCCUAAUUGGUCUUCUGGGUUAUUGAUGGAUGCAAAUGCAACUGACUAUUUAUACAAUUUCGAUUUAGGUAAUCCCCCACAAAGCGGUGGUAAUCACAUCCCACCAGCAAAUCCCAAUUCAAUAAUGCACAAUAUUCAAUAUCAACAUAACGUACCACCCCCAAACAUUCUACAAGAACAAGAGCUUGGGCAAUCGCGACCUAGCUCAGCAACAGACAAUAGUAACAAUGAAAGUGGGAACAUGGAGAAACAACGUCGACCAUGUGAUCAAUGCCGUAGAAGAAAGACCAAAUGCGUAAUUGUACCAAAUACAAACAAUUGUGUUCAAUGUGAAGCCAAACAAUUAACAUGUACUUACAUGAGUCAAGCUGUGAAAAGGAAACCAAUAGAUAUGGAUUCAACGCAAAUAGCCAGUGAAGGUGCAAUAAAACGUAUAAAACAAGAAAUUAAUCCAAAUCUUGCAUUGAUGCAGAAUGAUCCUUCAUCAUUGGUUCUGCCUGAUGUAGCAAUCCGUGAUGUACCGCCAGUUCAAGACUAUUCUCAAAUGAACAAUUCCUUACUAAAGAAGACACUUUCCUUACAAUUUCCACGUUCUAGUUAUUAUGUUGGACCUACUUCCUAUUUAUACGAUGCUCAUCUCCUUAAUUUAAUUAUGGAUGCACAAAGUGCACAACAGCAACAACAACCGCAAUCUUCAAACGAUUAUAUCGAGCAAGUCAAUUUGAAUACUCAUGUGUCCUUACGUAAAGUGAGCAAUAAAGUUCUAUUCGUUCUUAAGGAUGAUCAAUCUCCACAAUCAUACCAAUCAAUGUCUAAAGAUGUGGAUACUAUUGAAAAAUUAGUUUCUCCCCAUGGACAAAUUUUAAUUGAUUUAUAUUUUAGAAUCGUACAUCCAUCAUACCCCAUCAUUCAUAAGAAAGUAUUUUUGGAAAAAUAUUCUCGAACUCAUCGAGAAUUCAGUGGUCCCUUAUUGGCAUCAGUAUAUGCAUUGGCCAUCCAAUGGUGGGAUUAUGAUCCUCAAUUAAAUAGGUUCCCUAAACCAAAUGUGGAAAUGAUCUUAAAAAUAGCGUAUAAUAAUUACUUGGCUGAAAUUUUGAAAAGACCAAAAUUGAGUGCUGUACAGGCGGGAUUAUUAUUACUUCAAUGUAAGCACAUAAUCAAUAGUAAUGCUGUCAAUGCUCAAGGACAGAGAACCCCCAAUCAACAAUCAGCUCCAACUAAUUCUGAUGUGGACUAUUCAGAAUGGGUAUUAUGUUGUCAAGUGGUUUCGUUGGCUGAAGAGCUAGGACUUGGUUUAGACUGUAGGAGUUGGAAAUUGCCAAAAUGGGAACGCGGAUUGCGAAAAAGACUUGCUUGGGCGGUAUAUAUGGAAGAUAAAUGGUUGUCAUUGAAAUUCUCGAGGCCGUCACAUAUUACUGAACAGAACUGGGUGGUUGAGUCUUUGCGAGAUGAAGAUUUCCCCGAGAAGCAUGGUGAUGGUGAUUUGAAGGAAGGAUCGAAUGAUAUAGAUAAUGGAAAGAUGAUCUUUAUGAAUUUUAUCGAGUUGUCAAAGAUUUUAUCAGAAAUGAUUGACCAAUUCUAUACUAUGAAAGCAAUGAUUGACAUUAAAGAUGUGAAUACUGUUUUGAAACUUGCAAAACCACUACAAUUGAAAUUGAGAAAUUGGUACCAUUCCUUACCUAUAGAGUUACAAAUGAGUUCAGUUCAGCCAAGGAAAUUAUGUGCAAAUGGAUAUCUACAACUAGCCUAUUUUGCUGCCGAGUUGACAUUACAUAGGAAGAUAACCACCAUUAUCUUAGAACAAACCAAGGCAGGAAUUCAACCACCAAUGGAAUUAAUCAAUGUAUGUCGUAGUGCAGCAAAGACUAGAUUAAUGGCAUCAAUUGAGUUUGUGAGAGAUUUGAAACCCGAACAUAUUCAUUCAUUCUGGCAUUUAUCUUCGACUGCAAAUUUUACACUUAUCGGAACUUUUGCAUCUAUUUUAUUUAUGUCAGCUCCUACAAAGGAUGAAGCAGAUUUUUAUCGUGAUCAAAUAUUUAAUUAUCGAUGGAACUUGAAAAUAAUAUCCAAAGGAUUCGAUCAGGCAGCUGAUGCUUUAGCACAAAUGGAUAUGGUAAUCUCUCAUAUUCCUGGUUUGUUGAGUGAUAAUGUCAAUUUACCAAUUAUGGCCGCAAAUGUUCCGGAUCAACCGCCACGAUCGCCCCAACAACAACUACCACCUACGCAUCAAUCGCUGCAAUCACAGUUCCAAAGACCAGCAAGUACAGCAAGCUUGACUAGCACAUAUGUGACUUCAAUUCCGAAAGCAAGUCCCAAUAUGUUCAAUAAUGGUAAAUUAUCUCCCCAACAAAGAAUGAUGAUGCCAAAUCAAAUGCGCGGAGGUGGAGGUGGUGCAGGUAGUGGAGGCAAUAAUGCUUCGAUAAGCGAAUCAGUUGGUGGUCAAUCUCCUUAUAACUCUCCCCAGAAUAUGUAUACACCUGCUGGUAGACACGAAUCGGUACAUUCGCCACAUGCAAGCCAAGCGUCGAGGAACUCGCCAAUGCAAUCACAACAUUUUUCACCCAAGGAGAAUAUCAAAAGGCCAAUGCCUUCUUCUAGGCAUAGUAGCAUUGCCCAAGAGCGCAAUCUCCACUCGCCAGGUAAUUCGAGAACUCCGAAAGGGGAUAGUCCUUCAAUGAUGAGAUCGCCUCAUGCUACCAGUGCUCAAGGUAAUUAA